AUGGACGAACCAGAUUAUGGGUUUGAACUGCAGCCGACUGUCUACCCGCCCGACUGUUCCACCGUCAACAACACCGCCUUCACCAACAUCGACUUUCUCCACUCGUACAAUAUAAUAUCAUGGCCCAACUUCACCAACUGUCUGCCCAACUGUGGCAUGUGCACCAACUUCGCGUCGGACCAGGUGUACCUAAUCUACAACUUUCUCAUCAUAGGCUUCAUACUUCCAUUUAUAUCGUUCUGCGGGUUAUUCGGCAACGGGUUCUCGGCCUUUGUUUACAGUCGUCCAGGUGAGUUGUCAUCUUUUUACAGCUUUGAGUGAAAUAACUGGAUGUAAUUGUCGCGUUUAAUUAAAGAAUCUGAUAGUAUUUUUGUAAAGCCUUAAAGUAAAAAUAGCCUCACACUUUAUCUUGAACAACAGUGAUAACGAUUACGGCUUCAGCAAUGCGAACGUCCACCAAUCUGUAUCUGUGUGCGUUGGGCUGUUCGGAUAACGCUGUCAUCAUCACGGCCUUGUUUUUGUUUUUCCUCGACAGUAUACGGAAAUACUCGUUACAGUUGACUAUUAUCUACAAUGUGUUAUCGCCCUACAUAUACCCUGCAGGGAUGAUUGCUCAGACUUGUUCUGUAUACUUUACUUUGGUCGCCGCAAUUGAUUGUUUUGCUCAAGUAAGAACAAAACUGUAUAACAAUGGCAUUCAUUGUGUUUUUUAAAUUGCAAAAACAGCUUUAUCAAUCCUUCUUUUGAAAUUUUUAAUCUUACAAAAUGUCACUAUGACAUUGUAUUAAUAUAAUUCAUGCAGCCAUACUGUAAUGUUAACAAUAACGUUACUUAAUGUAUCCAAAUCAGUGCAGCGUAAUGUCAGUUUUACUCAAAAUAAACCAAAGAGACAAUAUUGUUUUAGGUAUGUUUACCCGAGUCGUGCAAGAAACUCAUGUCUCGCCCCAAAACGGUCACAAUCCUUUUAUGCUCAGUAGUCGUAUUCAGUAUCGCUUACAACUUGCCGCAUUGUUUUGAAUCCGUUCUGAUCGAAUGUUGGCACAAUCAGUUCAACGCGGCUUCGAUCGAGGUCUGUCCAGCCCCAUUCAGAUUCCAUGAAACGUAAGUCUUGCAGUGAAAUGAUUUUUGUGGGAAAUGUUGUUAAUUUCAUUCAAGUCAUCAUGAUUUCUAACAAUUAUAACAAUAGUUCAAAGUAGAAUUAAAUUACCGAACAUCAAAGUAAUGAAGGAAAGCUGUACUUUAGGUACACUCUCGUAUAUUACAAGUACAUGUACUCGAUCUUUUUGGCCAUCGGACCUUUGAUCUUGCUGAUCAUCCUCAAUACCUGUAUCAUCCUCUCUACUAUGGUAUUCAAGACCGCCGACUGUGAUCCAAGUGACAAUGUUGCAUUAGUAAGUCCUGUUACCAAAGUAUACCUAACUUAGUGUCUGGCAAUGUUAAAACUUGACAAUUUGUAACUUUAUAAGCCCUUAUUUAGCUUUUGACAAAUACAAAUGAAAGUCCAGUCCAAAAGUCCAAUUUCGUCGCUAGUUAUGCUAAUUUAAAAUGUUUUAAAAAGUGACAAGUGCUUCUGAAUUUAAAUUUAAAAUUAUGUUAAGUCAUGUUAAAGUAACCAUUUGGGAGUUCUCGAAAGAUAAAUAAAACUCAGCUGAACUAACACGUUCGACUAUAAAAAGCAAACAACUUUUAUAAAUGACAUUAUUUUAAGUAGCAGUUAAGUGUUUAUAAUAGUAUUUUAGAAAACCAAAUCAUCCUCUUUAAAUAUCACUAAUUGCAAACAAAGAAUGCUGUAAAAUAAAGUUUAACAAACUUUGUACUAGAUUUAUGGCAUUAAUAACUCAAAUUUAAUACUUUGUGAGACGUUUUACUUAUUUAUAGUGUCUGUCGAACUUUUGAAACUUCAAAAACAUGUUUCAUUCUUUUUAUGUUAUAAUUGUGUUUUAUUAAAAGACAUUGCUCAUGAAGUCUACAUUAGCAUAACACCCAAGUGAUUUGAUAACAUUCCCAGUAUUGUCGUUAAGCAAUGCAAUACCACACAGUAACACACUUUUACAAUGACUUUUCAGAUACUGGUGGUCCUACUAUUCAUAUCAUGUAACGUAAUAGCACUGUUGAUCAACGUGUUCGAAGCCAACCUCUCGAACUUGUUGGAAUGGAGAAUAAACUACAUCAUAGACAUCUCCAAUCUACUGGUCGUAUUUAACUCUAGCUUCAACUUUGUCAUCUACUACCGCUUCUCCAAGGUCUUUCGACGCAACUUCAAGCUGAACAUAAUGGGAAGAUGUUUCGGUAAGAAGACCGUCAUGUUCACCAACUACAACACCCCCAACCAGAACCUGAUGGCCAAGAUGGAGCCUUCUGGACAGACGGUCUCCACCUACAGGUAUCCUCAAGAUGAGAGUUGUAACUCGCUGGAUCAAAAGUUGAAAGCCGCGGCCAAUACUGAGGUUUUAAUAUAA